AAAAAGGACAUAAAGAAAACAAAACACAAGCCGAUCUGAUGUUGAUUUCCCCUUACGUCGUGCCUCCUCAGUCCUCGGUCGGGGCGAUAUAGAAACCAAGACAGGAGCACGUCUCUGCCCGCUGGCGCGGCGGUGACACCGUUGGAAGCAACGCUGAAAAGUACGGGAGCAUCGCCAGUAUUCCCAGCUUCCCUCUCCGGUAUGUUCAGAAACAACUUCAUUUGACCUGUUAAAUUGCUCUGACGAUAAACCCUCUCUAUCCCCUCGAGUCCUUGGAGAUAGGUUGCUGCAAAGGAAAAGCUUGAAAACCCAUAUGACCAUGUAUUGCUCCAAUCUUAACUCGUGGAUCGCCUCAAGACCACCAUUUUCGGACACAUCUUCACUCGUCUCUCAACUUCGCCGAAACCCUCUUCGCGUUUCUCUUCCAGUCUCACCAUCAAGUGCUCAAUCUCAAUUUCACCAAUCUUCACUUAGUGCACCAAUUCGUUGCGGUCUCCGAGAACUCAGGGAACGAAUUGAGUCCGUGAAGAGCACGCAGAAGGUCACUGAAGCCAUGAAGUUGGUGGCUGCGGCAAAAGUUCGGCGUGCUCAAGAAGCUGUGAUCAAUGCAAGACCUUUUGCUGAAACCCUAGUGGAAUUCCUGUGCUACAUGAAUGAGCAGCUUCAAGGGGAGGAUGUAGAUGUUCCUUUGACAAAUAUCAGGCCCGUAAAGAAAGUUGCCCUCGUCGUUGUGACCGGUGAUCGGGGCCUUUGUGGCGGAUUCAACAAUGCUGUCCUCAGGAAGGCCGAGACCCGGAUCGCAGAACUUGAAAAUCUUGAAUUGGACUACACCUUGAUUAGCGUCGGAAAAAAGGGUAAUUCAUAUUUUAUGCGCAGGCCUAAUGUUCCAGUUGAUAGGUUUAUUAAGGGAGACAGUUUUCCUACAGUGAAGGAAGCCCAGGUGAUUGCGGACGAUGUCUUCUCAUUGUUUGUUAGUGAAGAGGUCGAUAAAGUUGAGUUAGUGUACACUAAGUUUGUGUCAUUGAUCAAGUCUGAUCCGGUUAUCCAUACUUUGCUUCCUUUGUCGCCUAAGGGAGAGGUACUCGAUGUGAAUGGAUAUAGUGUUGAUGCCGAUGGGGAUGAGUUAUUCAGAUUGACUACUAAAGAAGCGAAAUUGUCAGUUGAGUGGGAGCAAACUGAGAAGAAGAACAGCGAGAUUUCGCCUCUGUUGCAGUUUGAGCAAGACCCUGUUCAGAUUCUUGAUGCUAUGAUGCCUCUGUAUUUGAAUAGCCAGAUUUUGAGGGCAUUGCAGGAAUCAAUUGCAAGUGAGGUAGCUGCUAGGAUGAAUGCCAUGAGUAAUGCGACCGACAAUGCCGUUGAAUUGAAAAAGAAUCUCUCAAUUGCUUAUAACAGGGAACGGCAGGCGAAGAUUACAGGGGAAUUAAUGGAAAUUGUGGCUGGAGCUGAGGCACUAACAGAUUUUGAUUAGUUUGGAGGGUUGAGGCACUUACCAUACUCAUUUAUUGGGAACCUUCCGUUCUUUCAUGGCUUGUAGUUGUUUCCUUCUGCUAUCUGCACAUAAUUUUGCCGAGACUUGGAGGGUUAAUUGGUUGAUUGUUGAAUUGACGAUAUCUGAGUGGAGAAGGUAGCCUCUUUUUGUUUCAAUCUUUGUGUUCGGGCUGGAAGAAAAAUUCUUUUGCCAUAUUUUGGUUCGUCGCAACUUCACAAAAAGAAUUAGUUGUGUGCCUUCGUCAAUCAUCUUUGUCAUAUUAUCUCAUUCUUUCUUCCCUGCUACAUGCUAGCCUUAAGUUAUUACGUUAGAAGACCUGAGAAUGAUGCUUUCAAAUUGCUGCAGUUAGUUAGAGUAAUACGAUGCCCAGUGCACACUUUUAGGGAAUGUGUCGUGUUGGAAUCUUUCUGGUUAAUCUCUCAUAAAGUAGUGGGAUCAUUCAACAUCUAUCUUCUUGCUGGAGAAGCGCUAGUUUCUACCGUUGCUGGAGUGGAAUCGGUGAUUAUGUGGUUCAGUGGCUAUUUUGGUCAAAUUGACAUGAACAAAUGAGAAAUUUGUUAUGUGUGGCUGGCAGAUUGGUGCUAUAGGUGGCAUAUUUCUGACAGCAAUUUUUCAUGGAAGAGAAAAUUGGCCAUGGCACUGAAUUUGCACCCAACUGAAAGGCCACAUUGAUAGAAACUUUACGCAAUCCUUGUCAGUGGAUUAUAUUGCAAAGAGCUCAACUUGGGUCCAAAGACCUUUUGGAGGAGCUUCCAUACAUACGGUUCUGGAUUAACACUUUAAGACAAAUGUAGCGCAGUUUUGCCAGACCCUUUUACCCUUUAAGCCUGGCGGGCUGGUCUGAGUACGCCGCCAGACCCAUGUACACGUCGAUAAUGAAUCCAACAUCUUAUGCUUGUGUGGUGAUUCUCGAACGAAUUAGGCGAGCAAGGAUGCCUGAUAAUGGAACUUGGAUGACGUGAAUGUUAGAUGCCACAGGUAUUCAUG